AUGGAUGAGCUGUUGGACUCAAUCAAAGGAGAAAAUGAAGUGCACAAAGAAAGUAAGGCUGUCAAACAUAACAAGUCUAAGAAUGAAAACUGCCAAACCCUGGUUUGAAUUCCUCAUGAUCGAUUCGUACAGGCAACACACUAUUUACAAUGGAAAGCAAAGAAUUCUAAUUUUGAUGUGUUUAUUGCAAUGGGAAGCAUUACCCAGCCUCCUGUAUGGAGCUUUGACAAUCCCACAAUUGAAGAAGCAUUCUUCAGAGGGAUAAUAAAUGUUUUAUUUACCUCAAAACUGGCCAUGAUG